AUCAUAAAAAUUUUUGCUUUGUCUCCCCAGAUUCCAUAAGAAGAAGCAACUAGAAAUAAUCUUUUAGUAAAGGUGGUGUACUUAUUAAAAACCUAAUGUUAACUCGCUGGAAGACAAAAUGCCUAUUUACACAGUCCCUGCGAGAAGCCUCCCUGAGGCACAGCGUGCUACCGCUUUGCAGAAGACUUCUUCACAGAAUACCAGCAGCAAAACAUCUGGGCAGCAACUGAAAUCACAGGUGUCAGGAGAAGAAAAGGAUAGUCUACCUUCAUGUUCUCAGAAUAAGACUGAGGAACUAAAUAGGACCUACGUGAUUUCAGCCUGUAAAAAAGUGAGUGACACAUCAACCACACUUAAACUCGAAGGCAGAUUAACACUCCAGAGGAGAACUGGAGCAAGCAAAAUAUCAGUGUCCAGUAGUGAACAAUUGCAUACAAUCGCAACACAGGGCAUGGAAAAUACACAAAUGGAGAAAAAACUUACUCUCCAGAGGCGUGUGAGGACUGGCUCCAUAGAGAAGAGUAAAAUUAAUCAGAAUACUGUGCCUGGACUAGAAAAUAAUGACUCGGCUGCACAAAGAAACUACAAGAUUGCACUUCCACCAAAUGUUAAUAAGGAUGAUACCCAUGAUGUUAAAUCAAGCUUUAAGAUUGCUGAGGGUCAGUCAAGCUCGAAGGUGCAGUCUAACCUGAACAGCAAGGAUUCCUUUGGCUUUGUUGAUGGUCUGUGUGAAAAUGAUAGCUGCAAGCGUUUAAAAUAUAGGACAAGCGCUGCUGACACAAAAUACCCAAAUGAAGUUCCUAAAUCAGAACAACUAGUUACCUCAAAAUAUAUUAAUAGGGUAUCAGGAGAACAACUGAAUGAAAAAGGUGAUACAGAUAAGCUAGCUGGAAAGCAAAGGUUGCAACACUUGAUUAUAAAACAUAAUGGUUUGGAAAGACCAAGGACACCAACAAAAGGUUCAACAGAAGGGUUUAAGCUUACACCAAAGAACAGCACUUCUCAGGAUCAACCAUCUCUGUCCGCUUCAAAUAAACAAACACCUCAUCUUCAAAUUCUAGCCAAAAAGAAAACUGGUGUCUUCAGCUCUCCUUCUGUGAGUAGAAGUUCAAAAACAAAAGAGAACACAGAAACUCUAGCUGAGAGCAGUAGCGCUGAGAAAGAUGUUUUUAAAGUGGAAAACAGCAAAGUGAUUGUAGCUGCGCGUGUACGGCCUUUCAGUAACAGAGAGAAAAAUGAAAACUCACUCCCUGUAAUCUCCAUGAGUGGUUCGGAGACAGCUGUACGAAAUCCAGCCACAAAUCAAGUUUACAGCUUCAGUUAUGACUUCUCUUUCUGGUCUUUUGACAAGUGUCACCCUAAUUUUGCAAGCCAAGCAAUGAUUUAUAAAACUUUGGCAGUGCCACUCCUAGAAAGAGCUUUUGAGGGAUAUAACACUUGUCUUUUUGCUUACGGGCAGACUGGUUCUGGAAAAUCAUACACGAUGAUGGGAUUUGAUGAAGACCGAGGAAUAAUUCCAAGACUUUGUGAAGAUCUUUUCACUCGAAUAGCACAAAUGGACAAGCAACAGAUUUUGUAUCAUCUUGAAAUGAGCUUUUUUGAAGUAUACAAUGAGAAAAUUCAUGAUUUGCUUGUCUUUAAAGCUGAAAGCGGACAGAAGAAACAACCACUUCGUGUAAGAGAACAUCCAGUGUUAGGACCAUAUGUGGAAGGCCUGACAGUGAAUGUUGUCAGUUCUUACUCUGAUAUCCAGAGUUGGCUUGAACUAGGAAAUAAGCAGAGAGCAACAGCUGCUACAGUAAUGAAUGACAAGAGCUCUAGAUCUCAUUCUGUCUUCACCCUUGUCAUGACGCAAACCAAGGUAGAAUUUGUGGAUGAAGAACAAUGUGAUCGUAGGCUUACCAGUCACAUAAAUCUAAUUGAUCUAGCUGGCAGUGAAUGCUGCUCAACAGCUCAGACCACUGGAGAAAGGCUGAAGGAGGGUGCGAAUAUUAAUAAAUCACUGUUAACCCUUGGAAAGGUUAUUUCUGCACUCUCUAAACAAUCUCGAAAUGGAAAGAAAACUUUCAUUCCUUACCGGGAAUCUGUCCUUACUUGGUUGUUAAAGGAAAGUCUUGGUGGAAAUUCACAAACUGCUAUGAUUGCCACAGUAAGUCCAGCUGCCAGCAGUACAGAAGAAACACUCAGCACUCUUCGCUAUGCAAAACAAGCUUGUUCAAUUAUCAACAUUGCUAAAGUAAAUGAAGAUGUGAAUGCCAAGCUGAUCAGAGAAUUGAAAGCUGAAAUUGAAAAACUGAAGGCAGCUCAGAAGAGCGCUCUGAACACUGAUCCUGAAAAAUACAGACGUUAUUUGCAGGAAGUAACAUCUCUGAGGGUAAAAUUGCACCAGCAGGAGAGGGACAUGGCAGAAAUGCAAAGGGCCUGGAAAGAAAAAUUUGAACAAGCAGAGAAAAGGAAAUUAGAAGAUAUAGAAGAAUUGCAGAAAGCAGGAAUUGCAUUCAAAAUGGACAAUCAUUUACCAAACCUUGUCAAUCUCAAUGAAGAUCCUCAGCUUUCUGAGGUGCUGUUGUAUAUGAUCAAAGAAGGCGAAACUACGGUUGGAAGGUAUACACCAAAUUCGAAACACGAUAUCCAGCUUUCCGGAGUGUUAAUUGCUGAUAACCAUUGUGUUAUAAAAAAUACUGUUGGCAAAGUGAGUAUUAUUCCACUGAGAGAAGCAAAGACGUACGUGAAUGGGAAAUGCAUUUUAGACCCAACAGUUCUGCAUCAUGGUGAUCGAGUGAUCCUUGGGGGAGACCAUUAUUUCAGGUUUAAUCAUCCAGUAGAAGUUCAGAAAGUUAAAAGGCCAUCUUGUGGGACUAUGUUUUUGCAUGAUGGUCCAAAAGAUUUUGAGUUUGCAAAGAAUGAGCUGCUUAUUGCACAGAGAACACAGCUUGAAUCAGAAAUUGAAGAGGCACGACUCAAAGCCAAGGAAGAAAUGAUGCAAAGUGUCCAAAUUGCGAAAGAGAUGGUUCAGCAAGAACUGACCUCACAAAAAGAAGCUUAUGAAAGCAAAAUAAAAUCACUGGAAGCAGAGGUGAGAGAAGAAUCUCGUAAGAAGCAAAUCCAAGAACUGAAUAACCAAAAAGCUGCAACUAAAAUACAGGAGCUAGAGAAGGCAAAGCAAAAUCUUGAGCUAGAACUACACUUCAAUAAGAAGCGUUUAGAAAUGGAGGCCUUAGCUACCAAGCAGGCUCUAGAAGAUCAUACUAUUCGUCAUGCAAAGAUACUUGAAGCUCUGGAAGCUGAGAAGCAGAAGAUUGCUGAAGAAAUACAAACCCUUCAGAAGAAUCGUGGAAGUGGGAAUAAAACUAUGACUAUUCCACUUAACUGGAAUUCUCUGAAGCUAUCUGUGAUGAUCAAAGAGGCCAACACCAUUAGUAAUGAAUUAGGGAAAAACACUGUUUUCUACAGGCACGACAAAAUUGAUGAUAAAACAGGAACAGUGUCUUCUGUUCCGGUGCAAGUUCGUAACAUCAAACUGGGAAUAGCAACUUUCUGGAGCCUGGAGAAAUUUGAAUGCAAACUAGCAGCGAUGAAAGAACUCUAUGAGAGUAAUGAUAGCAAUAAAGCUGCUGAUGUAUUUUAUGACCCUGCUGAUGAGUGGGAACCUGACCUUUCAGAUGCCUCAGUUUCCUCUCUUUCCAGAAGAAGAAGUAGAAGUUUCAUGAAGAACAAGAGAAUCUCUGGAUGUUUGUCUGAGAUAAAAUUGCAACCAAUUCAGAAUAUACAGACUUCCUAUAUAUCAGGUUCACAGAAUAAGUCCAGCAUAUGCCCAAGCUUUUCUGAAUCGUUUCUUCCUGGAAUUUGCAAAGAAUCUAUAAGUUCAGCUUUAGAUUUACUGGAACAGACCCAUGGAGGAGCAAAGAGCAUAGCACAUAGUCUCCUAACUAAUUUGUUUAUCAUUUUCUCUGGAGUUUCUGCCAUUUCAAAAGCCUAUGAACAGCAAGAUGAAGAAUGUCAAGAGAACUUUUUCUCUCUUGAUCAUGCUGCUCAGUCCUACAGCAUCAGAAUUAUCUCCGCUUUUGACCAGCUUGUGGUUCUAACCAAGCUCUGGCUUAACAAUGUCCAAAAGUGCCCUGGAUCUAUAAAAGUUGAUGAAGAAAUAAAACAGGAAGUAAAGAACUUGGGAGGUUAUUUACAGUUACUAUUGCAGGGAUGUUCUUCAGAUAUAUCCUCGAUGGUAACAGAAGCACGGAGCAAAGUAAACCAAACGGUAAAACAAACAAUGAAAUACAUAGGACACUUGGCAGUAGUCACAAGAGCUGAUAUUUCCUUUUCUGAAGAGAACAAUAUUCCUGCAACUAGUCUACAGGACUUUGUACUUGCCAUUUAUGAUGGAAUAGGCUCAGGGCUGGAGUUUCUCAUUGAUACUGUACAGGAAAAAGCAAGAAUGGUGCAGAAAGAACUCGUGAAACAAUAUCCACAAAAUGAGAUUCAGAAUCGAAUAAAGGAUAAUGUUGUGGCAUUAGCCAGAUUCCUUGAAAAUAACAUCUCUUAUUGCAGAAAGAAAGAAAUAGAAUCUCAAUUACCAGAAGAAGAAUCUCUAUAUCGGGAAAUAAAGAAAAGCACUAACAUUGCUGCAAAAUAUUUGGAAUUGGAGCAGUGCCUAGCUGAAGUCUGUCAGAUUGUUUCUUCUACAUUACAAGGGUCGUACAGAAACACAAGCCCUCUCAGGAGUUUUGCAGAAAAUAUUUGUGUCAUAGCUGGAUAUUUUAACAACUAUUUCAGUUUAUUUGCCUUGUCUUCUACUUCUGCAAACAAUCCUAUCCAGAAAAUACCCAUGCCUUUUAUGAACUUGGAUGAAUUGGACUCUCUGGUUGAUUCCCUUAUUAUGAAUUUUGAACUUGAACAAGGACAGCCAUCACUGAAGUCUCAAACUCUUUGUAAUGAAACUACUGAGACUCGGGGAGGACAGGCUGAAACAGAUGAAGUUGAAUCUGCUUGGAAACAGAAGGGGAUUCCAAAACACACCCAUAAACUCCAGUCUUCACCUCCAUUUCCUGCAGAGCUUUCACCUGGUAGGAUACAGUGGGUAUAA